AUGAUGCAUUCUCCUGGCCUCUGGUUGUUGUUGGAGGGGCUUUUAUUUUCAAUCCUUAUCUCUAACCCGGCAGAUGCGAUUGAUCUGGAUAUCAGCGAUGAGCAAUCUAUGAAAAACGCCGCCAGCACAACUGUCUAUGCGAUGAUGACCUAUUACAAAGGAAAUGAGACCGGACAUAUCCCAGGAGCAUUUCCGAGUAAAUGGUGGGAAGGAUCAGCCCUCUUCAUGGCAUUGCUUCAGUACUGGCAUUUCACGGGCGACACGACGUACAAUGACGAGCUGCGCGUUGGACUGGAGUGGCAAUCCGGUGAUGAUGGCGACUACAUGCCGGCUAACUACAGCAGCUAUCUAGGCAAUGACGACCAAAUGUUCUGGGGGCUUGCAGCAAUGACGGCGGCCGAACUUCAAUUUGCAGAUGUUUCUGAUGGAUUUUCCUGGCUCUCACUUGCCCAGGGAGUCUUCAACACUCAGAUCAACCGAUGGGACACCUCCUCUUGCGACGGAGGGAUGAGGUGGCAAAUAUGGCCCUACGAAUCUGGCUACACUUUGAAAAAUUCGAUCUCAAACGGGGGUCUAUUUCAAUUAUCCGCACGUCUUGCCCGCUACACCGGGUCGGAUACUUAUUUUAAAUGGGCAAAGAAGAUCUGGGACUGGUCUCUGUCCUCACCUUUGUUGAGCAACUCGACCUGGAAUGUUGCCGAUUCCACAAGUGCCGAAAGCGAUUGUUCGACUCAGGGAAAUACUCAAUGGUCAUAUAAUUAUGGAACUUACAUGAUGGGUGCCGCCUAUAUGUACAACUAUACAAAUGGUAGCUCUGAGUGGCUCAGUGCAGUGAACGGCUUGAUGAACAAAACGUUCGAGCAAUUUUUCCCGGAAAGCAACGGUGGCAUUUUCGAGGAGGUCACAUGUGAGCCGACGGAGAUUUGCAAUGACAAUGAGAUCCUUUUCAAGGGGCUUGUAUCUUCCUGGCUGUCAUUCACAGCUCUCUUGGUUCCAUCAACCUUCGAUACCAUUUUGCCCAAGUUACAAACAUCCGCCAAAGCCGCUGCGUUGUCCUGCACGGGGCACAACAACAAUACAUGUGGAGUUCGCUGGUAUAAAUCCGAAUACGAUGGCUGGAUAGGAAUGGAAGAAGAGAUCAGUGCCACUGAUCUCUUUGUUGCAAACAUGAUCAACUUUGGCGGCUCGGCACCUGUGACUUCGACUACGGGUGGUAACAGUACAAGCGAUCCCACCGCGGGCGAGAAUGACACCAGCUCGGAUACAGAGACGUACGUUCCUAUUACCGCGGGAGAGAGAGCUGGUGCCGGCAUCCUGACUGUUGUCUUUGUCGCCGGAUGGGUGGGACUGAUGGGCUGGACUGUACUGGGAGGCUAG